AUGGCUACAGCAACACGCUACUCCACCAUACCCACUGCUACAAACAUACACCAAUACACUCAAUCGACAACUAUGGAUCCACGCACUCCACACUACCCCCUCCUGUCCAACGAAGCAAUUAUUGCUCUGAUGGGACUCUUCAUGAUGAUUAUGCUCCCACUCCUGGGCCUCAUCUUCCGCCACAGCGGUAUCCGAAACUCACUGAGCCAAUCACUCCAGACAGCAUGCAACUCGGUCUGGACGCUGUGCAGUCGUCGCCGUGCAGAUGUGCUGACGACACAAGAGGCCUCUGUAGAGCUCUAUACUGAUCCAGAGCUGCUAUUGAGAGCGGAACGGGACGGCUGGACGGAGCUUGCGGAGCUCAGGGCUAUUUGGAAACGGGAUGAUGAAGGUGGAACGGCCGCGUAG